AUGAGCGCGACUGAACCGCCUCCCGCCGCCACCAAUGGCAAUGCCAAUGGCGCGCCAGACGAAGAGCAGCCUCUGCUCGGCCAGCGGAAGCCUCCAUCACCAUCUGUCCUCAGCAAAUUUCGCAGGACCAUGACGGCUGAAGUCUGCCGUGACUGGGCUGACCUGGUGCUUCUGCUCUGCUACGUUGUCACUGGCCUUCUCGACAGCUCCUCUACCAAAGUCUGGGGCGCAUUCGUCUCAAUGCAGACAGGAAAUACGGUCUAUGUAGGACUGGGAAUCGCAUCGAUUUUUGAUCCGCCGAUUUCCACUCGUCUCUGGAAGUCGGGCAUCUCGCUCCUCUCCUUCUGCAUCGGCUCUUUCUUCUUCGCGCGCUUCCAUCGCUACUUUUCGCCCAAGCGCCGCUGGGUUCUCUGCGCGUCCUUCGCAGCCCAGACGGUCCUCACAGCCUCCGCAGCCACCAUCGUCACGCUGUACCCGCCGUCGCCAAACUCCAACGAGGUGAGCUGGAACGUGCUCGUGCCUCUCGCCCUGGUGGCCUUCCAGAGCUGCGGCCAGGCGGUCGCAAGCAGGGCUCUCAAGUACAACGCCCUGACCAGCGUCGUGUUGACGAGCAUUUACUGUGACCUCUUCUCUGACAAGGACUUGUUUGCGUCAAACAAUGCGGAGCGCAACAGGCGUGCUGGCGCACCGACUCUGCUCCUGAUCGGCGCCGUCAUGGGAGGCGUGUUCUCUGGGACCUCCGUCGGGAUUAUGGGUGCCCUUUGGCUGGCGGCGUUCAUCAAGUCCUUGAUGGUGUUUGCGUGGUUUCUCUGGCCGGCGGACCCAGAACAUGACGAAUAA